CCCGUGACCUGAAUCCAACGCAGGACCCUUCAGUCCUCAAUACGAUGCCUUAUCAACUAAGCCAAACCAGCCAGGGCAAUAACCAGUAUUCUUGCUGGACGUAUCUGAAUAAUUUGGGCAGCAAUGUACCUGGUGCCCAGCGACUUUGUGAUAAAUUAAUUCAUGCUAUAAUAUACUAAAUGUUUCCUUCUAGCCUCUUUCCUCCCCCUGCAGGUAUGAAGACCUCUCACAAAAAGGUACCUGCAGAGCCAGAAACCGGGGACGCAGUCAGUCACCACACCGGAUCUGCAAAUGUGAAGAAGAAAAAAACAUCUCAAAAGAAGCAGCGGGGCAGACCUUCGUCCCAGCCCCCCAGGAACAUCGUGGGCUGCAGGAUUUCCCACGGAUGGAAGGAAGGCAACGAGCCCGUCACCCAGUGGAAAGGGACCGUUCUCGAUCAGGUGCCUAUAAACCCCUCUCUUUAUCUGGUGAAAUAUGAUGGGAUUGACUGUGUCUAUGGACUGGAGCUUCACACAGAUGAAAGGAUUUUAAAACUUAAAAUCCUUCCUGAUAAGGUGCCAUUGUCUCGAGUCAGAGAUGCGCGCCUUGCCAACACCAUCAUUGGCAAGGCUGUGGAGCAUAUGUUUGAGGGCGAGCAUGGUUCUAAGGAUGAGUGGAGAGGGAUGGUGUUAGCCCAAGCACCAAUCAUGAACGCGUGGUUUUAUAUUACCUAUGAGAAAGAUCCCGUGUUGUACAUGUACCAGCUUCUGGAUGACUAUAAGGAAGGAGACCUGCGUAUCAUGCCAGAGCCCAGUGAGCCUCCUCCAGCGGAGAAGGAGCCAGAAGGAGUUAUAGAUGGCCUGAUAGGCAAACAUGUGGAAUAUACCAAAGAAGAUGGCUCCAAACGGACAGGCAAGGUUAUUCACCAAGUCAAAGCCAAACCUUCUGUGUAUUUUAUUAAGUUUGAUGAUGAUUUCCAUAUCUAUGUCUAUGAUUUGGUGAAAAGGUGCUCUUAGGGUACAAUUUGCCACAUUUGUGGAGGCAAAUGUUUGAUUUGGAGGCAGAAAAAAUGUACCUUUUAAUGUAUAGAAAGCUUUAGACUCCCUUUGCCAGCACCGUUGCCAGCAUAAUGUUGAUUUGUUCUAAAAAAUACAAAUGUGUGUG